AUGGCGGGGGAGGCCCCGAAUAAGAAACACUUCUUCCAAGCCCUGGACCUCUUGGAAAGUCCGGACAAGGAUGCUCAGAAUGAAGAAGAUGCCCGCCUGGAACUUCUGAUAUCUGGUUCGAGAGGCCACAGUCUUUCAAAAUCGACUGCAUCUCGUCGGCCGAAUCCAGUCAAGCUUCCCCGGGCAAAUUCAGACCCCCAGCCUUCUUCCACCGACCAAGAGCUCCCAAGGAUCGGCAUCUCUCACGAGAAUAUCUCUUCGAGACCCACUGACCCCAAAGUGCCGCGUGUGAAACGCUCCGCGACGACAGGCACUAUGUCUGGAACCAAGAUUGGCGGCCCUGCAGCGAAGAAAAGAAGAGUGAGCAGUGUCAAGUCCAUUCCGGCAGAGCAGCAGAUCUUCAAGGAUCUCGUUUUUUACUUCUUCCCCAAUAACGACAUCUCUCCGCUUCGGCGACUGCGUAUCCAGCGAGCACAGGAGUAUGGUGCCCAACGAGCGAGCGAAUGGGGCGCCAAUGUCACUCAUGUGAUCGUUGAUAAGGGCUUGACCUUUCAUGAUCUCUUGACACAUCUCAAGCUCGAGUCGUUUCCAGUAAAUGUAAUUGUGGUCGAUGAAUGCUACCCAUCAGACUGCAUCAGAUUUCGCUCGGUCCUCAGUCCAUCUCACGCUCGAUUCCAUGUUGGUGGGACUCCCGGGCUUAUUGAAGAUCAAGGCCCUCCUGCCGUGGGUGAACCAACCAUUCCUGGCUCUUUACCGUUGAAACUCUCGAAAAGAGAACGUGCCCAACUACCGGAACCUUCUCAUAUGCACGACAGUGGUGGGAACUCGCCAGUUGUUCGGAGUUCCCCGGCGGCCGUCACUGAGCAAGUACAGCAGUCCGACAUCAGCACAGCCCUUCGUGAGCGGGAUUUGCUAGACGAUCUAAUCGAAGAGGCUAAAGCGACAAGACAUCUUCCCUUGGAUCCACUUGACUUCCCCGACGACGAGCCUACAGCGGAGACAUCUGAUGCCGAGUCCCGGGAGUCAGACUACGAAUUAGACAAACAGCAACCAAAUGUCUCUCAAGACAAGGCGGCUGAAUCCUGGACCAAAAACUUCUCCUGCAUGCAAAAGUAUGAGCCCAAUUUGCGAACUCAUAAUCCGAACAACAGGACCAUCGAAGUCCUCCAGCAGAUGUUAGACUACUAUACGCGGACUGCCGAUCACUGGCGAGUUCUCGCCUAUCGCAAGGCGAUCAAUGCCCUUCGAAGACAACCGAAGACAAUCGUGACACGCACGCAGGCUCUAUCGGUCCCCGGCAUUGGGACGCGCCUGGCCGACAAAAUCGAGGAAAUUGUCCUCACCAACCGGCUUCGUCGUCUUGACAACACCAGUAGCACUACCGAGGACCUGAUCAUCCAGGAGUUUCUCGGGGUGUACGGUGCGGGUCUUUCUCAGGCCUCCAAAUGGGUUGCGCAGGGCUACCGGUCGCUCUGCGAUCUACGUGAGAAGGCGUCCCUGACCAAGAACCAGCGUAUCGGCGUGGAGCGAUAUCACGACUUUGCGCAGCGUAUUCCUCGCAAGGAGGUCGAGGCUCACGGGGAAAUUGUUCGCCGGGCGGUCCAGCAGGUCGACCCCGAUAUCCUGGUGACCAUCAUGGGCUCGUACCGCCGAGGGACAUUGGACUCGGGGGACAUCGAUCUCAUGAUCACCAAGCCCGAGGCCACUCUAGAACAGAUUCGGACGUUGAUGAUCAACACCGUCGUCCCGCAGCUGUUCCAGGACGGGUUCUUGCAGGUCGGCCUGGCCACCACGUCGCGACAGGACGGAUCCAAGUGGCACGGAGCCUCCACCAUUCCUGGCAGCAACACAUGGCGACGACUCGAUCUGCUGUUUGUGCCGGGGGACGAGAUCGGGGCUGCACUGAUCUACUUUACCGGUAAUGACAUCUUCAACCGUAGUAUGCGGCUGCUGGCGCGUAAGAAAGGGAUGUGUCUGAACCAGAAGGGGCUCUACACCGAUGUGCUGAGGAAUGGACAGGCCAAGCUAAAUUCUGGUCGGCUGGUGGAGAGCCGAGAUGAGCAGCGUAUCUUUGCGACUCUGGGGGUUCCGUGGCGGCCUCCGGAGCAUCGCAUCUGCUAA